UAUAUAUAUAUAGAGAGAGAGGGGGAGGGAAAUCGCGUUUUUCUAUCGUGCGUUUACCUCCACAGUCGUCGAUCAGUAAUCUCUUCGUGAAGAAUGAACAGCAGUAGUACCGGUGGUGUGAUUCCGCCGUCACUGGCGGAGCCACAGUACGAGAACGCAAAGAUUUCGGUAUGGUGGGAUAUAGAGAACUGUCAGGUACCAAAAACAUCAGAUCCUCAUUCUAUCGCUCAGAAUAUAACAUCAGCUCUUGUAAAGAUGAAUUACUGUGGACCUGUUUCAAUAUCUGCAUAUGGAGACACCACUCGCUUACCAGGAUCUGUUCAAGAAGCAUUAAACAGCACUGGAAUCGCUCUCAAUCAUGUACCUGCCGCAGCUAAAGAUGCUAGUGACAAGAAAAUUCUGGUGGAUAUGUUAUUCUGGGCGGUGGACAAUCCUGCCCCUGCUAAUUAUCUACUAAUUUCCGGUGAUCGAGACUUCUCCAAUGCUCUACAUCAGCUGCGAAUGAGGCGAUACAAUAUUCUACUAGCACAACCUAAGAAUGCAUCCCAACCGCUUGUUGCUGCUGCAAAAAGUGUUUGGCUAUGGACCACACUUUUUGCUGGUGGCUUACCUCUAUCAAACGGUGAAACUUCUCAUCUAAUCCAAACCCACUCAAACUAUGUUUCAAAUACAGAUAGGCCUAAAACCCCUGAGAUGAACCAUGUAACUGAUUCCCAACCAAAUGUAAGAACAUUUGAUACCAAACAGAAAGGGAAGCAGAUUUGGAAGAAUGCAAACCAAACCAAUAUACCAAGGAGUUCAAGUACACCAAUAACCGCGCAAGAUUUUCAAGACAAUUCCCAAAUCCCCUUAACUACUCCCACUAUGAAUCCCGACCUUCCAUGGGCAAACAACAACAAUCCUCAUAGCACAUACCAGAAUCAUCUUCCUCAAAACCUUAGGCCAAAUGGCAUCAAUACACAAGUUUUUCAUUCUAUUCCGGCUAGACCUAGUGGGCCAAACUUUACCUCUGAUCCUCACUCCCAUGCUUAUCAUUCUCUUCCGGUUAGACCUAGUGGGCCUAGCUUUACUUCCGCUCUUCCAGCUAGACCUAGCGGGCCAAACUUUACUUCUGAUCCUCACACCCAUGGUUUUCAUUCUCUUCCAGCUAGACCUAGUGGUCCAAACUUUACUUCCGAUCCUCACUCCCAUGCUUAUCAUUCUGCUCCUGGUAGACCUGGCGGCCCCAAUUUUACUUCUGAUCCAAACAACCAUGCUUUUCAUUCUCUUCCGGGUAGGCCUAAUGGGCCAAACUUCACCUCCGAUCCUCGAAACCGUGCUAUUCCAUCUAGACCUAAUGGGCCAAAUAUGAAUACCGGUCCUUUACCCGAUGUUGGUAGACUAAACAUUUCUGGAAAUCCUAACAGACCUAAUUUUCAACAAAGGAGUGGAUUCGAGCCAGUAAACAACUAUGUUAACCAGAUGCAUAAGACAUCUUCUUUUAAACAACAAGAUUCUCCGAAAAAGAACAGUUGUCAAUCAUCUUCUUCUGCAUCAACGGAUGCAUAUAAGUAUCCUGACACAAAACCACUGGAGAAUGUCCAAGGCCUGAUUGGUAUUGUUUUACUUGCAUUGGACACACUAAGAACCGAAAAGAUUAUGCCAACAGAACCAAAUAUAGCUGGUUGCAUCCAAUAUAUAGAUGGAAACAGAAACCAAAAUAUUGAUGUUAAGAAAGCCCUAGAGAGUUCUGUCGAGAAGCAGUUUGUUGUAAAGAAGUAUUUAGGUACUUUACAAUUCUAUGUUGGUAAAAACGAUCAAUUAUGGAAUUGUGUGAAUCCAAUGGGUGGGAAUCAGUAUCCAAACACAACAUGGAAUGAGAUUCAGAAAUUCUUAUUAUCAUUUGAUGGAAGAUCAGCAAUAAUGGCUUCCGAAUCCAAGUAUGAAGCGGCGACUAUUAUAAAAAGAAUCUGCCUGAAAGAGCUUUCUCUUGGCGAGAUACUUCACAUUAUACAACUGAUGGUUCAUACAAAGAAAUGGAUCACACAUAAUCCAUCGGGAUGGCAACCUCUUAACAUCAAACUUGUUGAGAAUAAUGUGACAGGUGGUGCUCAAACCUUUAUGUGAGUUUUGGUAAACCCCCUAUUAGAAUCUAGAAUUUAGUGUACUAAAAAAAUCGGGCCGAAAUGAAUUGAACAGUUCUUCGAAUGUGACAAAAUUAUGGAAUUAGGGUUUCAUGUACAAUGAGUAGAUGAAGAGAAUCUUGAAAUUUGGUGGAUAAGAAAAAAAAUUGGAACAUUAUUAUCAUUUCAAAAUUAUAGGGAAAAAAAGGGUAAUAUUUUUUUUCCCAAUUUAUGAUAUUUGAUGAGCUUCAGUUAGUACUGGAGUUAGUUUGCAGCUGCAGUGAGCAUAUAUUAUCCUGGUCAAUAAAGAAGACUUGGGGAAGGCUAUGAAAACAGAGCUUCAUAUGAGAUGUAAGUUCGUCAGAAUUAUGAAUCAAUUUGUGUUGGUAUCUUUGAUUUUAGGGGUUUUUUUUUAUAAUUGUUUGUGUACUUUUUACAGUAAGGAUGAUUUAUAUAUGCUCUUGUUAUUAGUAGAAAAUAUUUGUAAUUUUCUAUGACAAAGUAAUUGAUUGCAAUUUCCAAAUGAUAAAUGUGUUAAUUGUU